UCAUAAAAAUUCGUUUAAACAAUUAAACUAGAAAGCGACAUUGCGAGAAGCUUGUUGUUUGCUUGAAUGGAGAAGGCUAAGUAAUAACUAACGGUUGAUGUCUUCAUCUCUGUUCACGCUUCUGUCUCCUGGUCUCCCACCCCUUCUGUGUUACAAGUGUUACAAGUCUCAAGAAAAGAAAGUGAGAAACAAAAAACAAAACAUUAAUGAAAAUAACCUAUGAUAUUGCCUUUAUGGCAUUCCAGCUACCUCACUUUUACUUGCAGCAUGUAAUGUUUGAUUAAAUUUUUGUUGUCCUUGCUGUGAAUUGAUUUCACGUUGUGGGUAACUGAGAUGUUGUGUUGGUGUUGCCAUGUGAUUUUUCAGUGCACCUGUUCCGAUACAUUCGUUGUUGCGUUGCUUUCACUUAUUCCUCGGGCUUCGUUCAUUCUUACACUCAACCAAGUCCUCAUUGUUUUCUAGCAAAAUUAUGUUGAUAGCUCCAUUAACUUAAACUUCUACAACCGUUCCCCACAAUGCCCUUUCAAAUUUAUCCUCGUUAAUUUGGUUUCCUAGAUUUUCCUGUCGUGUCAGAUUUUUUAUUUGUCUACUCGCUUCAAAUUCUUCCUCAUCUUAUCCACUAUGUGUUCCCUGCUUCAUCAAGUUUCACACUUUCGUGUUGGAUUUGGAUUUGUAAUUUAUUCUCUUUAGUUCGGACCCUCUGGGUUUGCGGGCUUCGGAAAAUGAAGGACGAGGUGGAUUCCCCUGUUGGUGUUCUUGAGGACUAUUUCAAGAGCUCGGAAUCAGAAACUAGUUCUUCCAAAGAACCCAGUACUAUUGUGGAUUCUGAUAAGUCAAAACCCGGUUCUAGGUGGCAUGCGUUUCUUCAAUUGUUGAGGGACACAUCGAAGAAGCCAAUAGCCACAUUGCAUCCUCUUAGUGUCCUCAAGCUUUCGAGAAGAAUGAGCAGUAGCAUGAGGGAGACUAUAAUAGAUGCAGAUUCGUCCUUGCAUAGACCACCCUGGAAGAUCUUUACUCACCAUGAGAUACAAAUUGCAACCAAUUGCUUCACCCAAGAAAAUUUUAUUGGAAAGGGUGGUUAUGCUGAGGUUUACAAAGGCUGUUUGCCAAAUGGUCAGCUGGUAGCGAUUAAACGGCUGACACAUGGAACAGAAAAUGAAACUAUAGGGGACUUCUUAUCAGAACUUGGCAUAAUGGCUCAUGUAAACCACCCCAAUACUGCUAAGUUAGUUGGCUAUGGGGUGGAGGGAGGAAUGCAUUUAGUGCUUGAGUUGUCUGAAAAAGGGUGCUUAGCUUCAGUGCUUAAUGGUUUCAAGGAGAAACUACCAUGGUCUAUAAGGCAGAAAAUAGCAUUAGGAACAGCUAAGGGUAUAAUGUAUCUUCAUGAAGGUUGUCAAAGAAGAAUUAUCCAUAGAGAUAUAACAGCAGCAAAUAUCUUGCUUACCGAGGACUUUGAGCCGCAGAUUUGUGAUUUCGGGCUAGCAAAAUGGCUACCAGAGAAUUGGACCCAUCACACUGUUUCAAAAAUUGAAGGGACUUUUGGUUAUCUUGCUCCUGAAUACUUGCUUCAUGGGAUAGUGGAUGAGAAAACAGAUGUAUUUGCCUUUGGUGUAGUGCUAUUAGAAUUAGUCACAGGGAGACGAGCACUUGAUCAUUCACAACAAAGCCUUGUUUUGUGGGCAAAACCUUUGCUGAAAAAGAAUUCUAUUAGGGAGCUGAUUGAUCCUUCAUUAGCCGAUGAUUUUGACUGUCGUCAGAUUAAAAUUAUGCUCUGGGCGGCUUCUUUAUGCAUUCAACAAUCUUCUAUUCAUCGUCCCUUUAUGAAACAGGUUGUACAACUUUUGAAUGGUAACCUUAGCUGCUUUAAGUUCACGAAGAAAUCUCAACAUCCAUUCUUCCGAAAAGUCUUUCAAGAAGAGCUUCUUGACGAUUCUGAUUAAUUGAAAGGAACAUAAAUCAUACGAGUAACAGCAACACUAAAUUGUGAUAGAAUGAUGAUGGUGAUGUAUCUAAUCCUUUCCAAUUUUACAUUUUCCCCCCAUACGUCAUUGAAGGAAUUGGAGUUUCUGCCCAUAGAAAUUGCCCCUAACAAACCGAAUAUAUUGUAGUUUAUGAAACACAAAAGUAUGGUAAUGUCUCUCAAA